CCCUCUAAAUGGACAUUUCCAUCUUUACUUUUUAGUUUAGUUUUUGGUCAAUCACCACACUUUACGAACUCCCCUUAACAUUUACUAGCCCCCCAGUUUCCUCCAUUACCAUUUCAUUUAUUCAUUAUAUUCCCACUCCUCUCUCUCUCUCUCUCUCUCUCUCUCUCAUGGAAUUUGAAAACUAAAGGCCAGUUUUGCAGGGAAAAAAAUGAGAAUCCUGCUUAGGUAUUCACUUCUUCUGGUGCUGAUUGCAGCAGCAGAAGCAGAAUCCACCUGCAACAGCACAGACCAAGCCCAAAUCUCCAAGGCAUUCAAAUCAGUCUCCGGUUUCAACCUCUCCUGGCUCCAAAAUUCGAACCGACCCAACUGCUCCAACCCAACCAUCACUCAAAUCAACCUCCCAUCCAAAAACCUAAGCGGAAUAAUCUCAUGGAAGUACCUCAGAAACUUGUCGAAUCUGCAGGACCUCGAUCUCUCUUUCAACAAUCUCAAGGGCUCCAUCCCGGGCUGGUUCUGGUCCCUCCCGAACCUGGUCCGAGUCAAUCUCUCCAAGAACCGGCUCGGAGGGAGCUUCGGGCUCGAACACACAUCGGGAAACGGCUCAGUUUCUUCGGUCCAGGAGCUCAAUCUCUCAUAUAACCGGUACACCAACUUGGGCCAGCUCUCUGGGUUCCCGAACCUUACAUUUCUCGACCUUUCCCACAACGAUUUGGGCACUCUGCAGCCGUCUGCUUUCUCCAACCUCAACAAUUUGCAGCACCUCGACAUCUCCAGCAGCAGAAUUUCUGGGAGUCUAAAACCCAUCUCUGUUUUGCACGGAUUGAAGUAUUUGGACGUUUCGGACAACAAAAUCAACGGUUCUUUCCCUUCGGAUUUCCCUCCGCUAACGGGCCUGAAAUUCUUGAACAUUUCGCUCAAUAAUUUCACCGGCCGGGUCGGACCGGAAGAGUACCAGAAAUUUGGGAAAAGCGCUUUUAUCCACGCCGGAAAAAACGUCACACCUUUCGACAGUUCCAAAACCAAAGCCCCAAGCUUUCACACUACCAAUGCAAACCCACCUCCCAAAACCCUCCAAAAACAAAAACCCAUGACCCAAGAAUCCCCCCACAAAGAACACAAAUCGCAAAAAUUCCAUAAAAUUCUUGUUCUGAGCUUAUCCUGCGCAUCGGCAUUUGUAAUCCUUCUGUCCAUAAGUACUUGCGUAGCUUGCAUAUGCAGGAAAAAGUACUUUGCCAAAAAGCACAAAUGGGCUAUUUCCAAACCGGUUCAGUUAGUCCCGUUCAAGAUCGAGAAAUCGGGACCGUUCUCUUUCGAGACCGAGUCGGGGACGUCGUGGGUCGCCGACGUCAAAGACCCGACGUCGGCUCCGGUGGUGAUGUUCGAGAAGCCGUUGCUGAACUUGACGUUUAAGGACUUGAUUGCUGCAACGUCGCACUUCGGCAAGGACUCCCAGCUCGCCGAGGGGAGGUGUGGGCCCGUCUACACCGCCGUGCUGCCCGGCGACCUCCACAUGGCUAUAAAGGUGCUGGAGAACGCCAGGUACGUCGAUUACGAUGACGCGGUGCAAGUGUUUGAAAAUCUUUCGAGAUUGAAACAUCCCAACCUGCUGCCUCUCUCCGGUUACUGCAUUGCAGGGAGAGAAAAGUUGGUAUUGUACGAGUUCAUGGCGAACGGGGACUUGCACAGAUGGUUGCACGAGCUGCCCACCGGGGAGCCCAACGUGGAGGACUGGACUGGUGACACGUGGGAGCAAAGCUUUGUUAAUGGAGCCUACUCGCCCGAAAAGAAAGGGUGGCUCACGCGCCACCGCAUUGCGGUUGGAAUAGCCUGUGGACUGGCGUACCUCCACCAGGCAGGGUCGAGUCCCGUAGUCCACGGCCACCUCGUAACUUCCAACAUAUUAUUGGGUCCGGACUUCGAGCCGAGAAUAGCCGAUUUUGGUUUGAGAAGUAUUGGGAGUCGGGGGGAAAUUGGCGGCGGAGGUGAAGGCAGCGGUGCGGAGGCGGAUGUGUAUUGUUUUGGGGUGGUGUUGAUGGAGCUGUUGACGGGGAGGACGGGGACGGCGGAGACGGUGGUGUGGGUGAGGAGGAUGGUGAGGGAAGGGCGUGGUUUGGACGCGGUGGACGAGAGGUUGAGAGAGAGUGGGGAGUUGGAGAGGGAGAUGGUGGAGAGCCUGCGAGUGGGGUACUUGUGUACGGCGGAGUCACCUGGGAAAAGGCCCAGCAUGCAACAAGUCCUGGGUUUGCUCAAGGACAUACAUCCCAGUCCCACUGCCACUGUUGGCUGACUUCACUUCAUUUCACGCCCCGUGAAACUGCGUGCAAUUAGAAAAUUAGAAAUGAAAAUCGAAAUCAUUUUUUGUUUUUCUUUUAGUAUAUCGACGGUGCAGAACUCCGCUGCACAUUCAUGUUUAUUUUUAAUCUUUGUUGUCAACUCAAGAAGAACAAAGAUGGAAAUAAACAGAAGUGUGCGAAAAGAAAAAAAGAGUACGGAUGUUAUUUCUCA